AACAUCUUAUUUUCCACAGUUGUUGGUCAUGUCAAGACCCAUUCACAUGCCGAAGAUGAACUCUUCAAGACGCUGUUCUCUGGUUACAACAAGUGGUCAAGACCUGUCCCAAACAUCUCUGAUGUGGUUAUAGUCAAGUUUGGACUGUCCAUAGCCCAGCUCAUUGAUGUGGAUGAGAAAAACCAAAUGAUGACAACUAACGUGUGGUUAAAGCAGGAGUGGAAUGACUACAAACUUCGCUGGAGACCAUCUGACUAUGACAACGUAACGUCCAUCAGAGUCCCAUCGGAGCUCAUAUGGGUCCCAGAUAUAGUUCUCUAUAACAAUGCUGACGGCGAGUUUGCUGUGACCCACAUGACCAAAGCUCACCUGUUCCAUACUGGUAAAGUGCGCUGGGUCCCGCCUGCCAUCUACAAAAGCUCCUGCAGUAUCGACGUCACCUUCUUCCCCUUCGACCAGCAGAACUGCAAAAUGAAAUUCGGCUCCUGGACCUACGACAAAGCCAAGAUCGACCUGGAGCGGAUAGAAAACACCGUGGAUCUCAACAACUACUGGGAGAGCGGGGAGUGGGCCAUCAUCAACGCCGUGGGAACAUACAACACAAAGAAAUACGAUUGUUGCCAUGAGAUCUACCCAGACAUCACCUACUUCUUCAUCAUCCGAAGGCUUCCUUUAUUUUACACAAUCAACCUCAUCAUUCCCUGCUUGCUGAUCUCAUGCCUCACUGUCUUAGUUUUCUACCUGCCCUCAGACUGCGGUGAGAAGAUCACUCUUUGUAUCUCGGUCCUUUUGUCCCUCACCGUGUUCCUCCUGCUCAUAACGGAGAUCAUACCCUCCACGUCUCUCGUCAUUCCUCUCAUCGGCGAGUACCUCCUCUUCACGAUGAUCUUUGUCACCCUGUCCAUCGUCAUCACGGUGUUUGUGCUAAACGUGCACCAUCGCUCACCCAGCACUCACAAGAUGCCCCGCUGGGUCCACUCCGUGUUCCUGGACCUGAUCCCACGCUGGCUGUUCAUGCGCAGGCCGGCGCCUGACGGCCGGCGCCGCAGGCUGCUGCUACUCCAGCAGCAAAUAGCAGCAGAGAGGAGGCAAGUGCAGAUAGCGGGGUAUGAAUCAAGCCACUGCAUCAGCACCUCUUAUACCUGGAUGAGAGACGGGAGCACUCUGGAAAACUCGGAGAGAAGCUGCUACGAGGACUUGGAGCUUGGAACGCUGACGUCAUAUUUCUCCUUCCGGCCCCCCUCACCGAGACCUCCGGGGUUGACUCCUCCGCUGCAACAGAAGAAAACCCAGAGCAACCAAAACUUGCAAGAUGGUGGUGCAGGAUUAAACAGACAGUCGUCUGGAGCCAGGUUUAAUUCCCCGCAGCAGCCUCCUAAAGGGGACAGCUCAGGGUUAGAGUCACCUUUCAUACUUUCACCAAGUGUAAUACGGGCGUUACAAGGGGUUCACUACAUUGCAGACCAUCUGAGAGCUGAAGAUGCAGAUUUCAGUGUGAAGGAGGAUUGGAAGUAUGUUGCCAUGGUCAUUGAUCGGAUCUUCCUAUGGAUGUUCAUUAUUGUGUGCCUGCUUGGCACAAUAGGCCUCUUCCUACCCCCCUGGUUGGCUGGGAUGAUUUAGGUUUUGUGAG